AUGUCCGCCCAUCCUCAAGCUUCGCCUCCGGGCAGCAUCCAUCCACACCUUAGCGCUCCGGGUGCUGGUCCAGCUCCAGCUCCAGCUCCCGGUCCCGGUCCCGGUCCCGGCCCUGGUCCCGGCCCUGGUGCUCUAUCCAAUACCCAUCCCCAGCAGCAACAACAGCAGCAACAACAACAGCAACAGCAGCAACAACAAGUCAAUGGCCUUGUCUCUGUCCAACAGCCCCAGGCGCAGAAGCCGAUCGCCAAUCCCAUCAGUCAGAAGAUUGCUAUGCUCAACGAGGGCGUCUGGCUGCAGAUCGGCGAUUUGGAUGGCGCAAUGAGCGCCUACGAACACGCUCUCAGGCAUAACCAAUGGUCUAUCCCUGCGAUGAGUGCCAUUUCCUGUAUCCUCCGUACCAGAGAACAGUUCCAAAAGGCCAUUGAGUAUCUGCAAAAUAUCCUGAAGUUGGAUCCAACAAAUGGCGAGUCCUGGGGAAGUUUGGGACACUGCCAUCUUAUGAUUGACAAUCUUCAAGAGGCAUACACCUCGUAUCAACAGGCUCUAUAUCAUCUCAGAGAUCCUCAAGAACCAAAAUUGUGGUAUGGCAUUGGCAUUCUCUACGAUCGCUACGGGUCUCUCGACCACGCUGAGGAGGCCUUUUCGCAAGUCAUGCGCAUGCAACCGGAUUUCGAAAAGGCCAACGAGAUUUAUUUCCGCCUUGGCAUAAUAUACAAACAACAACAGAAAUUCAGUCAGAGUCUGGAGUGCUUCAAAUACAUCGUCACUGAUCCCCCGCGGCCUCUGACUGAAGAAGAUAUCUGGUUCCAAAUUGGCCAUGUCCAUGAACAACAAAAAGAUUACGACUCUGCCAAGGCCGCUUACCGUCGGGUACUGGACCGUGAUCCCAAUCAUGCAAAGGUAUUACAGCAACUCGGAUGGCUGCACCACCAACAGAGCAACAGUUACAGCAGCCAGGAACAGGCCAUUGAAUAUUUGGAGAAGUCUGUUAAAGCGGAUAACAGUGACGCCCAGAGCUGGUACCUCCUUGGACGGUGCUACAUGUCUCAAGCAAAAUACCCCAAAGCAUAUGAGGCUUACCAGCAAGCUGUCUACCGUGACGGAAGGAAUCCCACAUUCUGGUGCUCCAUCGGCGUGCUUUACUACCAAAUUAAUCAGUACCGUGAUGCGCUCGACGCCUACUCCCGUGCCAUCCGCUUAAACCCAUACAUCUCGGAAGUGUGGUAUGAUCUGGGGACUUUGUAUGAAUCAUGCAACAACCAGACGAACGAUGCGCUAGAUGCUUAUAGACGCGCUGCCGAUCUCGACCCCACAAAUACUCACAUCAAAUCUCGAUUGCAGCUGCUGCAAAGCGGCCAGGCAGGAGGCGCCAACCAGGCUAAUGCCCCCGUUCCACAAGAUGUUAAUCCUCACACAUAUCAAGCUGCUGGCGUGGGUAUGCCUCCUGGACACCAAUGGGGUCCUCCAGCACCGAGUGGUGGUCCCGUACCACAAGGUCCGGCGCCACCUGGUCGCAUCGACAAUUGGGCUCGGAGUGUCGGCGACGUCCAAAACUCCCAAGCACCACCACAACGUCCUGCUCCAUUUGAUCACCGUGAAGGUGUGCGGGGCGCGCCUCAGCAACCCAGCCCUCGACAGGACCAAGCGCCUCCAUACCCCGAGCAGACUCAACAUCCUGGGCCUCGAAAGGGGGGGCUCUCCCCAUCGCCGAAAUUCAGCUUGGCUGCUCCAAAUUCAUAUCAGAGCGGGCAGACUCUUCCCCAGCUGGGACCCCCGCCUCCACCCUCACAGCAGCAGCAACAUGACCGCAAUGCAAAUAAUGGAAACUAUACUGCCGCCGGGCGACCACCACCGUUAGCUCAGGGAGCGGGUCCUGCAUCAGCUGCGCCCAAUGGCGCUCCUUCCGGUCCCCAGCUAGCGCCUUAUGUUCGCCCUUACACCCCGCCAACCGAAGUACGGCCUCUUCGCGAUGACCGCCCAAGUUCCCCUGGAUCCACAUAUCCCCCGCCACCACACCAAUAUCACCCAGGGCCCCCCGGCCCCGGAGCCAACGCAAGUGCCCCGCCACCCCCAUCCACCAUGGGUGCCGCCGAAGCCGCCGCUCGCGACCGUGAACGCGACCGUGAUGAGAGGCCCCCAUCAUCCAUGAAACGUGGCCGCGAUUGGGAACCGGACCCAGGUCCCGGUCCCGUAAAGAAACUGGCGAAUGAGGAGAGCCGCGCCCGGCUAGAUGACCCGCAGCAGGCACCACGACGCAUGUCCCCGUCCUCUCAGUCACAAUCACAAACUCAGCUCCCGUCACCCCGCGACCUCCGCCGGCGCGAUUCCUCCGACACGCAGCAGCGCGAACGUGAGCGCGAAGAACAACGCCACGGCCACGGGCGCGGCGUGCAUGAUGGUUAUCACCCUUCUGAGGCAGCGCAUCAUCCACCUACACUCCCUUCCUUCCAGCAUAUGCAAGGCCAGAGCCAGCAGUCACAAGGAGGGCAGCAACAGUCACAGCCACAGCCAGGCCCCGCGAUGGCUCCGAUGGUGGCUGAGGGGGGUAAUGGGCAUCAAACGGGGCCACUGCCGUCGUUGCCUUCAGGCCUUGGCGGUGUUGCUGGAACGGGUUCGGUCAAAGAGGAGAGGGAGCGGGAAAGGGAAAGAGACAGGGAAAGAGACAGGGAAAGGGAGCGGGAGCGGAAGGAGGCGAUGCAACAUGAACCACCGGCGCGGAAGAUGGAAGUUGACGAGGAUUAUGAUGAUGAUGGCGGGGAAGAGGAGAAGAAGAGUGCUGGUGGAAACGCGACCGCAAGUGGGAAGGGGGCUAGCCCAAACGGUGGAAGCAGCGGAAAGGGCAGCGGAAGCGGGAGUAAAAACGGGAUUGCUAAUGGCGGGGGUGGGAGGGAGUCGCAGCAAGCUCAGGCGCAGGGCAAAGGGGAUUCGAGUUGA